UGUUUCUUGAUUUUUCAGGCUUUUCCCGGAGAGUGUCGCGGAGUCAUAGUGUUCAUGACUGAGUGAUCCUUCCGGACGGCAGAAAAAUUUUCUGGAGUGUUAUCCCGAGGAGGAUAUGUUGAGAGUGUUCAGUGGUGAUUCAUCAUUUAUAUAGCUUGGUCGCUCCCGGUGGGAAAGAGGGAAAAAUCGAUCUAUCAUCCAGUGCCCCGGAUCGUUCCUUGUGGUCGACAACGACGACGUUCAACGGCAACAACGCUCCAGACAGUAGUCGAGGUUAUUGCUAUCUGAACACUCGGAACAUCAUCAUUCGUGCCUGCGAGAUUCUUCCUCCUUGGGCGAAUAGGUCGACGGCCCUGUCCACGGCUGUCCCAAACGACCUGAAAAUAGCCGGGUUACCAAGGACGUACGGGGUGUUGAGCGGUGGAGGAGGAGGUGACCACAGGACGGUGACGGUGGAGCCGGCAUCCUCGGCAGCGGUCGGGCUGGUGGUCGGCAGUGGAGGCGGAGGAGGCGGCUGUGGAGCUGUGGUGGGGAGCAGCGGGGCGAUCAAGAUGGCCCUCAAUGCCCGCGUCCCCAGCCCCACCCCCACGGGUUCCGACUCCAGUCUCCCUGUCGCCGAAAACUGGUGCUACACG